AUGCCUACUCCUGCUGAGGAAAAGGCUAAAGCUACUGAAGAAGCUAUUGCCGAUGCAUCGACACCAACAGAGACGGAAGAGCCCUUGAGGCUGGAGACUAGCAAUGUUGCAGAGCCGGCACCGGUGGAGGAAGUGAAGGAGAGAAGAAAGAAAGAGGCGACAGCAACAGAACAAGAUUCGACAUUGGAACGGGAAGCGGCAGCCGCAGCGAAAGCUGAGGCGCCAGCGGCUAUGAUGGUUGAGACGGUAACCACCGUUGAUGAAGACGAUGCCAAGACCGUUGAUCCUAUUGAAGAAACCAUCAUAGCAGUAUCUGCUCCUGCAGCCCCGAUUGAGGAACCGGCAAUGGCAAUGCCAGAGAAGGAAGCAGAGGGAGAGUCAACUUCCAUGGCAUUAGUUGAAACGAAAGAGGAAGAAAUAGCUGAUGCUGCGCCACCACCUCCGAUUUAA